GUUGUUUUCAACAUCCUACAGUCAUUGGAUUGCAGCCAGGUGUUUUUGCAAUGAACCUGCUACAAAGGAUGUGACUUAUGUCUUGGGUAAACGUUAUCCAGUUGACAGUUGGACCAAUGUAUCUCCAUCAAUCAUUGGAAAGUUGGGAACCAACCUUCACACCCAGAAACAUCAUCCUUUAGGGCUUCUUAAACUCCAGAUACAGAACUUCUUUUACAAAACUUAUGUGAAAAGAAGUGGCAAUCCGAUUUUCUCUGUUUAUGAUAACAUUAGUCCAGUUGUAACUCUUGAACAAAACUAUGACCAUCUAUUGGUACCAAAAGACCAUCCCAGUCGUAAGUGGUCAGACAGCUACUACAUAAAUUGUUGCUACAUGUUGAGAGCACACACAACAGCUCAUCAACACGAUCUCAUUUCAAGUGGACUAGAUAGUUUUCUGAUUGUGGGUGAUGUAUAUAGGAGGGAUACGAUAGAUUCAACACAUUAUCCUGCUUUCCACCAGUUAGAUGGAGUUAGGCUUUUCUCCAAACAUGAGUUGUUCUCAAAUGUAGAUGAGAUUGACUCUCUGCAUCUGUUUGAAAAUGGGUUGAAGACAGAUUUGAAGCAGGGAGAACAUACAUUAGAGGCAGCACUUGUUGUAAGCAACCAGUUGAAAUCUACGCUACAAAAUCUUGCUAAAUCACUGUUUGGGAAAGAUAUUGAGUAUCGUUGGGUAGAGGAGUAUUUUCCAUUCACACAUCCUUCCUGGGAGCUUGAAAUUAUGUAUAAAGGCAAGUGGAUGGAAGUUUUAGGAUGUGGGGUCAUACGCCAAGAGAUUUUACAGAAAGGUAACCAAUCUGUCUUAUGGUUUCAUUGCACAGAAAU